GUGAAAGAAGCCAAUGUGAAAGGGCUGCAUACUGUAUGAUUGCAAGUACAGUCAUGUGCUGCAUAAGGGCGAUUUGGUCAAUGGACUGCAUAAAUGACGGUGGUCCCAUAAGGUUAGUACCAUACGGCCUAGGUGUGUAGUGGGCUGUGGCAUCUAGGUUUGUGUGAGUACACUGUAUGAUGUUCCCACAACGGUGAAAUCACCUAAUGAUGCAUUUCUCAGAACGUAUCUCCGUUGUUAAGCAAUGAAUGAUUGUAUACAACAUUCUGGAAAAGGCAAAACUAUGGAGCCAGUACAAAAAUCAGGGGUUGGGGAGAGGAAAGGAUGGAUAGGUGGAGCACAGAAGAUUUUUAGGACAGUGAAAUUAUCCUGCGUGAUACUAUAAUGAUGGAUACAUGUUAUUACACAUUUGUCAAAAGCAUUUUACAUUUGUACACUUGAGAGUGAGCCCUAAUGUAAACGAUAGACUUUGGGUGAUAAUGACGUGUGAAUGUAGGUUCAGAGAUGAUAACAAAUGUGCCACUCUGGUGUGGGAUCUUGAUAGUAGGGGAGGUUGUGCUGGUAUGGGAUCAGGGGGUAUAUGGGAACCCUCUGUACUUUCCACUCAAUUUUGCUGUGAAUCUACAACUUCUCUAAAAAAAUAAAGUGUAUUUUUAAAAAGGUGUUCAAUAUCAUUAGGCAUUAGAGAAAUGCAAGAUAAAACUACAGUGAGAGUUCAAAACAUGCCUACUAGACUGCUAAAAUUAGAAAGGUGGACCAUAACAGAUGCCCAGACGACGUGCAGGAACUGGAAUACAUACUGCUGAUGCGAAUGCAAAAUGGUAUAACCAUUUUGGAAAGAUGUUCGGCAGUUUCUUAAAAAAUACUCCUGCCAUAUGAUCCAGCCAUUUCACCUUUAGCUAUUUCCUUAAGAGAACAGGAAAGAUGUGUCAAUAUUAAAGACUUGCUUGCAAAUGUUUAGAGCAGUUUUAUGUGUAAUAGCCGAAAACUGGAAAUAAUCUGAAUGUUCAACAGAUGAAUGGUUAAACAAAUUGUGGUAUAUCCAUAAAAUGGACUACUAUUUACCAAUAAAAAUGAACUAUUGCUACAAACAACAUGGAUGAAUCUCAGAAUAAUUAUGCUGAGUGAAAGAAGCCAGACAACAAAGGAGUACAUAUUGUAUGCUUCCAUUUAUAUAAUAACCUAGAAAAUGCAAACUAUCUAUAGUGACAGAAGGCAGGGAAUGGUGGGGGAGGGAGAGGGAAAAAGGGAUUAACAAGGGGCCUGAGGAAACUUUUGUAGAUAAUGGAUACAAUUAGUAUCCUGAUUUUGGUGAUGGUUUUAUGGUCAUAUACAUAUGUCAAAAUGCAUCAAAUUGUACACUUUAAAUAUGUGCAAUUUAUUGAAUAUCAAUUAUAUCUCAAUAAAGACAUUCAACAGAAAGAGAAAAGAAAAUUUCUUUUUAGAGUUGAUUUUGCUCUGGGACUAUCAGGUCCAGCCCAGCAAAUUACCCCUUUUUCUAGGCUAAAUAUUAUUGCUUAAAAAUUCCUCCUUCCUCCCGCUAUUGACCUAAGGAGGUUGGGGACUUUGGAGAUCAGGGUCCUUGCAGGUGACAAAGCAGACCAGCUUGGGGAGAAUGGGCUAGUGUUCAGGCGUUCAGUGGGCAGUGCUGGGAACAAGGUUACCAAAGUUAGGAGUCAAUUUAAAUUUGCAGGUGAGGGAACAGAGGCCUCAGGAGGACCGGCUCCCGGCUGACCAGAUUCCCAACAUACUGUGAUUUGCCUGAAUAGGCGUGGCAGGCAUAGGGACAGGACCGCGUUUGGGUAAGGCAUUCAGAAUCUGGAGCGCGACAGACCUGGGUUCAAAGAGAGCUCCGUCCCCCAGUGGCUGCGAGACCUGCCACACAAGUCCCCUCGGACCCUCAGUCUCCUCCUCUGUGGGGCAGCGCGGUGCGCGGCGUCGACGCCCCUGCCGGCCGGCCCAGCCCGCGCUCGCUGCCCGCCGGCGCCCAACGCUCGGCUCGUGGGACGCCCGCGGCCGGAUGCCCUGCGUCCGCACCCUCCUCGGCCUCCUGGCGGCCUUGGCGGUCGGGGGCGCCGUCGCCUUCCUCGGCUACUGCCUGUACUUCGACCGGAAGCGGCGCGGCGACCCCGCGUUCAAGCGCCGCCUGCGGGACCGGAGAAGAGCGGCGCCGCGGGCCGGGGCAGGCGGCGCGCAGUUGUGGGAUCCAGAAAAGAAUGAAAAAUUGCAAGAACGUUUUCUGCAAGAGGUACAAAUGGGAGAACUUUGGUUAUCCAGAGGAGAGCAUAGAAUGGGGGUUGAACACCUCAGCAAUGCCCUCUUAGUGUGUGGGCAACCACAGGAACUUCUGAAGGUUUUCAAACACACACUCCCGCCCAAGGUAUUUGAGAUGCUGUUGCACAAAAUUCCUCUUAUUUGCCAGCAAUUUGAGGCAGACAUGAAUGAACAGGAAUAUUUGGAGGAUGAUCCUGACUGAAAAACAUUUCACCGUCUCCACAGGCCAGUCAGAAUACUAUGGUACUACAUAGUAUAAACAACUGGUCA